GGGCGGAGGAGGCGGCGCCCAGUACCUCAGCCUGUGUCUGGGGCCGCGGAGUGAGUGGCCUGCUGUCCUCCUCGCGGAAAUGCAUAAUUUUGAGGAUGAGUUAACGUGUCCCAUUUGUUACAGUAUUUUUGAAGAUCCUCGUGUACUACCAUGCUCUCAUACAUUUUGUAGAAAUUGCUUGGAAAACGUUCUUCAGGCAUCUGGUAACUUUUAUAUAUGGAGACCUUUACGAAUACCACUCAAGUGCCCUAAUUGCAGAAGUAUUAUUGAAAUUGCUCCAACUGGUAUUGAAUCUUUACCUGUUAAUUUUGCACUAAGGGCUAUUAUUGAGAAGUACCAACAAGAAGAGCAUCCAGAUAUUGUCACCUGCCCUGAACAUUCCAGGCAGCCAUUAAAUGUUUAUUGUUUGCUAGAUAAAAAAUUAGUUUGUGGUCAUUGCCUUACUAUAGGUCAACAUCAUGGUCAUCCUAUAGAUGAUCUUCAGAGUGCCUAUCUGAAAGAAAAGGACACACCUCAGAAACUGCUUGAACAGUUAACCGACACACAUUGGACGGAUCUUACUCAUCUUAUUGAAAAACUAGAAGAACAAAAAUCUCUUUCAGAGAAAAUGGUUCAAGGUGAUAAGGAAGUUGUUCUCCAGUAUUUUAAGGAACUUAAUGAUACAUUAGAACAGAAAAAGAAAUGUUUCUUAACUGCUCUCUGUGAUGUUGGCAAUCUCAUCAGUCAAGAAUAUACUCCGCAAAUUGAAAGAAUGAAGGAAAUGAGAGAGCAACAGCUUGAAUUAGUGACACUAACGUCAUCUUUACAAGAAGAGUCACCCCUCAAAUUUCUUGAAAAAGUUGAUGAUGUCCGCCAGCGUGUGCAAAUAUUGAAACAAAGACCACUCCCUGAGGUCCAACCUGUUGAAAUUUAUCCUCGUGUUAGCCAAGUUUUGAAAGAAGAUUGGAACAAAACAGAAAUUGGACAAAUUAAGAAACUUCUCAUUCCUGAAAUGAGAAUUUCUUCAAAAAGGAUGUCAUAUUCCUGGCCUGAUAAAGAUGAAAAAGAAGUUGAAUUUUUUAAGAUUCUGAACAUUGGCAUAGUUACACUAAUUUCAGUGAUACUCAUGUUGAUCCUCUUUUUCAACCAACACAUAAUAACCUUUGUAAAUGAAAUCACAUCAGUAUGUUUUACUGAAGUCUCUCUAUCUGUUUACCAAAGUUUAUCUAACAAUAUGAAUGAUUUAAAGAAUAUACUAUGCCAUACUUUGUACUUACUAAAGGAACUUACUUGGAAAGUAGUUUCUUAUUGAAAAUUCAAAUCUGAAUUGUUUAUAUAGGUUUAUUCUGUACAGCAGAGUCUAAUCAUUGCUAAGUGAAGAAAUAGGGGUAGCAUAGAUAAGAAAUGAACUAUGUUAAGCCUUUCGCACUUCUGUUGGGUAGAAAUGAUCUGUCAAGUUAAAAAUGUUUUUAGUUUUCAAAUCUGAAAGUUAAAUUACUUGAUUUGAAUAUACUAUUUUUAUUGGCUUGGAAGUUUUUUUUUUAAUAUUACUAUGAUAUUUAAACAAUCUUAAUGCCAGUAUUGUCUUUUAUUAUACACUGCAGUGGUCAGGUUUGUGAUUAUGUAUACUUUAGCUUGUACAUUAAAACAUAGCAAAAUCCUAAAAUUGUACAUGCCUUUAUUUUGAUGUGGCUUGAACCUUUUGAGUGGGCAGAUAAGGGAUAGGGAUAACAAUGUUUGAAAAUCAAGUAGCAAAAUUUGAAUGUGAUAAGGAUGUCCAUGUUAAAGAU